CCAGGCUUACCUUUCAGGAGGACAAUCCAAGGCGUGCUCUUUACAACAUCUCCCAUCGAAUGAGAUCGAUGCUACUAUUGCAGUGAGUCCAUCACUGGCAACAACGAAGGAUGAUCUCCGGCCAUGCCUCGGGCAGCAGUGUGGUGGCGGUGACCUUGACUUUCAUCUUCCUGGCGACUGUGUUCGUGCUGAGCCGGAUCUAUGCACGAUUCAGAAUCGCUCGCAAUCCAGGACUGGACGAUGUUUUCAUUUCGCUCUCGCUGCUCUUCUCGGCCGGAACAACGACCACAUUCAUCAUUCAGGUCUUUAAUGGAGGCGGACAACACAUGGGCACCAUCACACCAACCGAGGGAAUCCGGCAAGGAAAGGCGUUCUACGCUUCCGUCAUCCUCUACAACGCCAGUCUGCUCAUGUCCAAGCUGUCGAUCCUCUUGCAAUACCUACGAAUCUUUCCUCAAAAGGGAUUCCGUGUAGUAUGCUAUGUCGUUCUGGGCAUCGUCGCUGCGUAUGCUACGUUCGCAAUCCUUACCGCCAUCUUCGCGUGCAACCCGAUCCGGUCAUUCUGGGAUCAGAGCGUGCAGGGCACAUGCCUGCCACGCUUUCCAAUCUGGUUCGCCAACUCCGCCUUCAACAUCAUCUCCGACAUCGCCAUCGCCUUGAUUCCCAUGCCAUUGCUCGACAAGCUCGGCAUGCCCAAAAACACGAAACGCGCAUUGCAACUCGUCUUCCUCCUCGGAGGCUGCGGCUGUAUCGUGUCCAUUCUCCGCUUUCAAUCCCUCUACGUGAUCUCCCGCAGCAGCGACGUGAGCUACGACAACCCCAUGGCCGCCAUCUGGAGCGACAUUGAGAUGAACAUUGCGAUCAUGUGUUCCUGCCUGCCGACGCUGCGAUGCAUGUUCCCGCGUCUGCUCAAGAACCACAUCAGCGUACCGCGGAGCGGCUCUCACGGAAUGCCAGGUACGGCACCGCGCAGUGGCGCAGGCUCCAAUACUGGGAUGGCCUCGGCGAUGGCAAAGUUGAGUUCGAAGAACGCAUCGGCCAAAUCGGCCUCGUCUCACUCUAGCGACGACUCGACCAACCAAAUUCAUGUUAUCGGUCAGAAGCAGGACAGUCGCGGGACGACUUGGAGUGCGACGAGUAAUAUCCGGACGAUGUCGAGCUUUGACGAUAUCGAGCUGGGGAGGGUAUCGCAUAAUUUGCAGAAUGGGAGGAUACAUGUCAUGACGGCGAUCGAGCAGGAGGUGGAGAAGAGGGAAGAAGGAGAAGGAGUCAUGUCCGAUACGGACAGCACAACAGGAUUGACGCGGAAUAGUAAGGCGUCCUUGUAUCGGGAUGGGAGAUGUGAAGGAGCGUGA